GUGAGUCUUCAGCAUCAAUGGUGCUUGUUGUGCGGCGCUCAGUGGCAGACGGAGUUAGCUGGGGGUGAAGCGGGCUGCCAGACCCCGAGCCAGAGCAGCGGUGGCAAGAAGAAUUCGACGAUCGACGGAGAACUGCAGAUUCUGAAGUUUCAGGGCACCCUGGACACGCUGAAGGUCCUGGAGAGCAAGCAGGAGGGCGCAGCCUUGGCGUCAACGGAGGAGGCUAUGGAGCCAGUAGACGGGCGGGCUCAUUUCCAGAAGUUGAACAGAAAGGUUGGCGGCUCGGGCCAGACGGACGCGCAGGCUUUCUUCAACGGCAUGAACUUCCUCAGUGCAGGCUUGGGCCUGGCGCUCAUGAAAUCCCUGCGUGGCCCGAUGCAGCAGCUCGCCGAGCAGAUCCGCCAGCGCGCAG